CAAGAACUAGCCACCAAGCCUAUUUCACUUCCUUUCCGUCCUUUUUCUUCCUUCACCAUGCUCGAGAAAACCCAGAAGAAACAAAAGGAGCCGAUCCACUCGGUGCAAGUCUUCGGACGCAAGAAAAGUGCAACCGCGGUUGCCUACUGCAAACGAGGUCGUGGAAACCUCCGAGUCAAUGGACGUCCUUUGGAAUUGGUGGAACCCCGUGUUCUGCAGUACAAACUUCAGGAACCCAUUUUGCUCCUGGGAAAGGAAAAGUUUGCAGGAGUAGACAUCAGGGUCAGAGUGAACGGAGGAGGACAUGUCGCCCAGAUCUACGCCAUCCGACAGGCAAUUUCCAAAGCCCUCGUUGCCUAUUAUCAGAAAUAUGUUGACGAGGCCAGUAAGAAGGAAGUGAAGGACAUCCUCAUUCAGUAUGACCGAACUCUCCUUGUCGCUGACCCCAGGCGUUGCGAGCCGAAGAAAUUCGGUGGUCCAGGUGCCAGAGCACGUUACCAAAAGUCGUACCGUUAAUUACGAAAUUUCCCUGCAAAUUUUUCUUUAUAUUAUUCAAUAAAACCGAAUAGAAAUCUAAA